UAUUUUCUCCCCAAACCGCUGGACCGAGAUCUUUGCCGCUAAUCUGAAGAGCCCUUUCGCGCUACGUCCACCGGGCUCCGGUGAAAGACCGGCGUGAAUUGCGUGGAGAUCUCGCGAUGCCCGAAGGGUCUCGAGCGCCGCGGCGGGAACGGAGACGGAAAGGUGGAGGAGCCAUGAACUGGGUGGGAGGUGUGCGGAACAGAAUUAAACUGAGGCAACAGAAAAGGCAGCAAAAGGAAUUUUUUGAGAAGAGGAAGCUCAGGUCCAAACUUAAACUGUUAGCACCACUGGUGUCACCCCAACAGAACUCUUCAGUUAGCUGGGACCUACUUACUCUGCAUAUUGUUAACCGAAUUGCUGCAAAAAAGGAAUCUACUGAGGCAUCAAACAACGUUGUUCAAGUAGACAUGAAGAAAGAUACAAAAAUACCAAUUAGACGGCAUAACAUUGAGUUGCCAAUGUCUCCUUGCUCUACACCCUCUCGAAUAUUCUUGGAGGAAAGUCAACACAGCAUGCAGAAAGAAGAAUGGAGCAGCAGAAAGCAUUUUACAAAUACAACAAAUUUUAGAUAUGAAGAGCUUUCUCCUGUAGUGGGAUCAAAUUCUAUGGAAUAUAAUGUUUUGGACAAUUCAAGUUCUUCAAUGGAUCAAGGCAAUGGAUUUCCACUGGCAAAUUCAUGGAUGUCUGCUAAAACCUACCCUUUACAAGAAAAUCUAGGUGCAAAGCACACUACUAUGUGGGACUACUCCUGUGACAAUCAGGAACUUAUACAGAAACAUUUCAUUGGAGAUGGCAGGUCCUCAGGUACUGAAGUCACUGAACAUGAUCUUCUUGCUGAUUAUGAAAAUUUGUUGACCGAUCAUAGAAAUUUACCCAAACAUUCAAAUGCCAGGUUGUUGCAAAAUUCCUUAAUGGAGAACUCAAGUCAUCAUUCAAGUAAUUGUGGAAAGUAUGUUUCUUUUUCAAUGCAAGAUGCAUUUCCUUCAUCACAGAACAUCACGACUGAAAUCGCAACUACUGUUCAGAAUCUGACUUCUUACGGCAGAGAUGUCCCACCAACUCAAUGUUACAACUUGGAAGGAAUUCAACCUGUAGCCAACUUUUUAUGUCAGGAGAUUAUGCCUAAUCCUUAUGCACUUAUUGAUAAUGAUUUUAAUAUAAAUGUUCCUUAUAAUAGAAGUGAUAUGUACAGAACUUCAGAUGGAAAUGAUAAAGUUCUUGCUGAAGAUGCAGAAAGUGAAUAUAUUUUCACAGAACCAAAACCCAACUCAUUUAAAGAGUCAGUUGAAAAAGAUUUUGAUGGAAAUAAUUCCCUUAAUAAACAGUAUUUGGAAAGUAGCUCAGAAGAGUUCAGAAUUCAGAAAGACAUUGCCUUAGGACCUGAGGAAGCUUGGAGAUGUUUAGACUACAGAAGAAAAGAGCUCAAUAAUUCACCUGGAAGCAGUCAAUCUCCCAGCUAUUCGCCAAAAGAAACAGAAAGUUGUUGCAGUGUAUUUUCUGAUGUGUCAGAAUUAGAUGCUCAAAAUGUACAGUUUGAUGCUUCAGUUGUAAGCAAAGGCAGUAUUCGGGAACAGCUUCUUGAUGACAAGGUUGUCAGAGAAAACGACAAAGGCCAAUGUGGACCACUUCAUGAAAACUUCAGAGAAUCAAACAGUACACACCGGAUUGGUGGUGAACAGAAAGAAAAUGCACAUCAGUUUGUACCAUCUUUAAUGUAUUGUCCAUCAGAGGCUUCUACUUCUGAGCAAAAUGUUGUACGUACGUCAUUUCAUGGUCAAGAUGCAUGGACACAGACUGAAAGUUCAUUGACAUAUAUGGGUUGGUCAAAUGUUGCUAUUCAAUGCAAUUUAUCUGAUGUUGCAGAGAGUCUUUUUUUAUCUGGCAAAGAAGUAACCAACGUGGAAGAUGACUAA